AUGAUGUUAGAUUUAGAUAAUCAAGCACAAUCUAUUCUAACUUGUUUUGACAAGCAAAAGGAGGAAACUAAAAGCAAAUAUCGGGUUCGCUUGAAUGCUUCGAUUGAUGUUGCAAGGUUUCUUUUAAAAGAAGGAAUGUCUUUUCGAGGCCAUGAUGAAAGUGAAACUUCCGCAAGAAGAGAAAACUUUUUAGAUCUCUUAAAGUGGUAUGCGGAUAAGAAUGAAGAUGCGAAACAAGUUGUGUUAGAAAAUGCUCCACAAAAUGACAUCAGGAUUUGUCCAAUUAUCCAAAAAGACAUUGUGAGUUCUUGUGCAAAAGAAACAAACAAAGCAAUUGAAGACUUAAAUGGGGAUUAUUUUGGGAUAUUAGUUGAUGAGUCCAAGGAUGUCUCUCAUAAAGAACAAAUGGCUCUUAUUCUGCGGUAUGUCAACAAAGAGGGUAAACUAAUUGAGCGAUUCCUUAGUGUUGUUCAUGUUAAAGAUACAUCUGCAUGGUCGUUGCAAGAUGCGAUAUAUUCUUUACUUUUAGAACAUAAUUUGAGUUCAUCUCAAAUUCGGGGACAGGGUUAUGAUGGAGCUAGUAACAUGCAACGAGAAAUCAAUGGUCUUAAAACUUUGAUUAUGAAAGAUUCUCCUUCGGCAUAUUGCACACAUUGCUUUGCUCAUCAAUUACAAUUGACUCUUGUAGCUGUUGCAAAGAAGCAUCAUGAGGUAGAUCAAUUUUUUGAUAUUCUUGCUAAUGUUUUAAAUGUUAUUGGAGGUUCUUUUAAGCGUAGGGCUAUGCUUAGAGAUGAUCAAGCAGAAAAAUUAAAGGAGCUACUAGUGCUCGGUGAAGUUCAUACAGGAAGUGGAUUGCAUCAAGAACUUGGACUUCAAAGGGCAAGGGAUACACUGUUGGCAAUUACACAUGAUUUGAAUAUGGCCUUGCAAAGAAAAGAUCAAGAUAUCGUAAGUGCGAUGAAUCUUGUUGGUUUCACAAAGAGACAAUUGCAAUCUAUGAGAGAGUCUAAAUGGGAUUCUUUGGUAAAAGAUGUCUCUUCAUUUUGUGUCAAGCAUGAUAUUGUGAUCCCCGAAAUGGAUAAGAAUUAUGCUCUUGGAAAAUCAAAGCAGCUUAACAAUCAUUUUGAUGAAGUGAAUACUGAUCUACUUCUUGGUAUGGCUAGUUUGAGUCCAGAUAAUUCUUUUGCAAAUUAUGAUAAAGAGAGGAUUAUGAAACUUGCUACACAUUAUCGGGAUGAGUUUAGUGUUUCCAUGCUUGAGGAUCUUAGUUUUAAGCUUGACAACUAUAUUGAUUAUGUGUGA